AUGUAAUAUUUAAAUUUGUACAUACAACCAAUAUCAAACACAGUAGUAUUUCCAUACUCUAGUUUGUAACUCUAUGAUGUGGAUUGCUAAAUUCAAUUAGUACAUUCUCAAUAUAUUGGAUUGGUUUCAUAAAUUGAUGACAAUCAGCCAAAUAUUCAAACUAUAUCCUAAUAUAGUUAAUAUGGGACACUUGUGCAUGUAGUAACAAAAUAAGAAGAGUCAUCUAAUUAUUGCAAAGCCUUUGCAUUUGCUAGAUUUAGAAUAAAUUCGUUUUGCUAACUUUCACCAUUCUUAAUAGCAAACGUUGAAAUAUUGAAUGAUGAGAUCUAAGAAACCGAUACUGAAAUUUUGAGUACAUUUAAGGAUGCAGUAAAAGUAAAUUGUAAAUUUAAUAUUUAGAUGUAUAUGGAAAACUUUUCACUUUUACCAAAUGCUCUUUUGAAACAAAAGAUAGAUGAAGAAGAUAACAUAAUAAAAUUAUAUUAUCAAGUGGCAAACAGAAUACAAAUUCCAUUCAAUCAAAAACUUAGAUUGUUAUAAAUGAAUGGUAACAUUGAAAGAAUAUCAACUAUGAUUUAAUAUUUGAAUCAUAAAAUGACAUAAUAUUCAACAAGCAAUGAAUUAGAAUAAAAACUUAAGCAAGAACUUAUGUCUGAAAUGCAAAACAAUGGAGAUAACUUAAUUAAUUAAACUGAAUAAAUUGUUCCAUAAAUCCAAGAAUAAGAAUUGGAUUAUUAAAAGUAAUAUGUUUAGUCAUUACCAUGGGGAAUUAUACAUCCAGAAACUGUUACCAUAUCUUAAUGCAAAGAAUAUCUAGAUAAAAGACAUUAUGGUUUAGAUAUGGCUAAAUAGCGUAUUCUAUAAUAUUUAGCAAUUAAAUUUUUAACAAAAUCUACUGGAUCUAUACUUUGUUUACAUGGUCAUCCUGGAGUUGGAAAGACAUCAAUAGCUUAGAGUAUAGCUGAAUCUUUGGGGAGACCUUUUCAAAAGAUAUCGUUAGGUGGAGUAUCAGAUGAAGCUCAAAUAAGAGGUCAUAGAAAGACAUAUGUAGGAGCAUAGGCAGGCAUGAUUAUGGAAGCAAUAAAGAAAGCAAAAUGCGUUAAUCCAGUUAUCUUACUUGAUGAGAUAGAUAAGAUUAAUCAACAUACUGUAGGUUCAGCUUUGUUAGAGGUCUUGGAUCCAGAAUAAAAUAAAACAUUUAUGGAUAAUUAUGUAAAUGAGGAAUUCAAUUUGAGUUAAGUUCUAUUCAUUUCAACAGCCAAUUAUAUAGAAUCUAUAUAACCAGCAUUAAGAGACAGAUUAGAAAUGAUAGAAAUUCCAUCUUACACAAUUGAUGAGAAAGAGAAUAUUGCUAUAUAACAUUUAAUUCCAAAAUAAUAGGAAUUAAAUGGAAUUGAUGGAAAAAUAGAUUUCAGUAAAGAUGUAGUUAGAUAUUUAAUCACAAAUUAUACUAAUGAGAGUGGAGUUAGAUAGUUAGAGAGACAAAUAAAUUCUAUUUUUAGAAAGAUUGCAUUAUAAUAAGUUAGAGGAAAGAAAAAGGGAUUUUAUAAUAUUAAUAAGGGAUUUAUUAAUUAAUGUUUGGGGGAAUCCACAAUUGGUUACAAGAAUAUAAAAUUAUAGAGUAUUGGAAUGUGUAAAGGGUUGAAUGAUGGAGUGAAUAUUUUGGAAGUCAUAAAAAUAAAGGGAGAAGGCAGUUUAUUUUAAUAAUCUAAGGAUCAAUAUAUUGUUGAAUAAGGAAUAACUGCUUUAUCUUAUUUGAGGAAUUGUUUUAAAAAUAUUUAAUUUAAGAAUUGGGAUAUUUAUAUAGCAAACUAGAAUUGUUUAGGUGUUUGUCUAGUUAUUGCAAUGGUUUCAUUAUUUAUGAAUAAGAAAGUGAAAUCAAGUGUUGCAUUUGCUGGAGAGUUAAGUUUAAAAGGUUUUAUAUUUAGAUAAGACAAUUUGAGAGAUAGUAUUAUAUAGGCAGCUGAAUCUGGAAUUGAGAGGUAUAAAUAUAAUAUUAAUUUAAAAGCAUAAUUAUUCCAUCUUAGAAUGUGAAUGAAAUAUAGAACUUAGAAUCUUCAAUUAAAAAGAAAAUUAGAUUAAUUGAUCAUAUUGAAGAAGUUUUUUAAUUGGCAUUUGAAGAUGGAUUUACUUACUAACACUACCCUAAUUUAUGA